AUGUCAGAAACAGCUGCACUGAAUAAAAACCACUCAAUAAGGUUAAUUUCGUUAUAUAUCAACGAUUGUUUGGACUGCGAAAGGGUGCAUCUGAAGUUCUCUACAAAAGAUAAUGUGCACUUGAUUAUCUAUGAUUUGGACAAGGAUCUGUCAAAGGAUCUGCCGGCUGUAACACCCGUGGCCCAGGCCAUUCUACUGCUCUGUACUCUUUCGUAUCCGAAUGAACCCAGUCUAUCGAAGCUUCCUCAACUCAAAAUUGGCAAGGGAAGCCUUUCCUUGAUCUUCGAAAUGCAUCCAAUUGACAAACACGAUAGCAUGCAGCAAAUUGAGGAGGUGGAAAGCGAUUUGGACGAGACACCAUCCACCUCUCAACAGGCAUUGCUGCGAGAAAGGCAGCGAAAGGCUCGCAAGGAUAUGGAGGCCUCUUUGAGGAGACUUCAAUCCAAAGUCAUCACGGUGAACGUAGAGCGCCGUUUUGAUGACCUAACUUCCCUGGACACAGUUUCCUAUCAGAUCAAUGGAGGCCAGAGCAAAACCCUCACCAUCACGGAGUUCCACGAGAUGUUCUUUGUGCGGCACCAGCACUCCAUUAACUAUUUGGAGCAUCUGCACCAGAAAUGCUCCGGCAAUUGGCUAAAGCUCAUCCAAAGCAGUGGCGAUGGCGAUCCCUUUAAAGACUUAAAGGAUCCCGACAGCCCCUUCGAGAUAUUUGUGAAACUUUUCGAUCACCAGGCGAUGCAGCCGCAGGAUGUGAUCACCAAGUUGGUGAAAAAGUGCUUGCAUGUCAAUGAGGCGGUGCGUCUGGCAGAGAGAAAGUUCGUCCUGGAUGUCUUUAACCAGGUGCGUCGCAUAUUCGAGUUCAUCACGAUGAAUGAAUACACCGUUUGGUUCCUGGUUCCUUGUCUACAUAACAAGGAUCAACUGCGGCCUAUGACCAUAGAUGAUUUUGAUUUGACAAAAGUGAGGACCUCCAUUCGGGCUGCCGGAGAUACUAGAAAUAUUUACUGGGAUUUCACUGAUCACAAUAUUAAGGACCUGCUAAUGGUGGCUUUCCAACUUGCCUUGGCCACCAAUGUCAACCAAUCGGUUCUGGUUAUAAGUCAUUUGGAAAAGCUGUCCGAGUUUUUAACAAUGCAAUACGUUACGGCGAGCUUUAUGAACGAUUCCAUUAUUGAAAAGGACUCCGAUCCCAAAUGGAUCUGCCAUCGCUACUUGCAACGCAUCAUUGAGAUGGCCUUGUUUAUGGGCACAAUCGUUAUAAUAGAAUACCCCAGUUCUCUUACUCUAUUAAAAGAACCUCGCCAGUUGAUCAAGUGCUUCCAGAUGGAAAAGAGAGGUUCAUUGCAAUGGAAAAUAUGCUCAGAGGUUAUCCAGGACACUGACGAGCAUCUCGAAUUUCUCAAGGAGGCCAUAACCAACAACAGGACUAUAUAGUUUUCAAUGGAAUUUAUUAGCUUCGCCUCGAACAAAAAUUCAUUUAUCUGCCGCCGUCUGCGGCUUUCCCACGCAAAUAUUUCCAUGCUCAUUUUCUAAUUACGCCACAGCUUACGGGCCAACUGAACUGAACUCUGCCU